AUGACACAAUCUCCACAAAACGUCGGUAUCAAAGGUAUUGAAGUCUACAUUCCUGGCCAAGCAGUCAACCAAACUGAGUUGGAAAAGUUUGAUGGAAUUCCUCAAGGUAAGUACACUAUUGGUUUAGGUCAAACCAAUAUGGCAUUCGUCAACGAUAGAGAAGAUAUCUACUCGAUUGCAUUGACAGUUGUCUCAAAGUUGAUCAAGCACUAUAACAUUGAUACCGAAAAGAUUGGUAGAUUGGAAGUUGGUACCGAGACUUUAUUGGACAAGUCCAAGUCAGUUAAGUCAGUUUUGAUGCAAUUGUUUGGCGACAACAAUGAUAUCGAAGGUAUCGAUACCGUUAACGCAUGUUAUGGUGGUACUUCUUCCGUGAUCAAUGCCAUUAACUGGAUUGAAAGUUCAAGCUGGGAUGGAAGAGACGCUAUUGUUGUUGCUGGUGACAUCGCCAUCUACGACAAAGGUGCUGCUAGACCCACUGGAGGUGUUGGUGCUAUUGCCAUGUUGAUUGGUCCUGAUGCGCCAAUUGUUUUUGACUCAGUCAGAGGUUCAUUUAUGGAACACGCCUACGAUUUCUACAAACCAGAUUUCACCAGCGAGUACCCAGUCGUUGAUGGCCACUUUUCCUUGAGCUGUUAUGUCAAGGCCGUUGACCACUGCUACAAAAACUACUCUAAAAAGAUUACAGGUGACAAGAACAAGACCGUUGGCUUGUACGACCACUUUGACUAUAACGCAUUCCAUGUGCCAACUUGUAAAUUGGUGACAAAGAGUUAUGCAAGAUUAUUAUACAAUGAUUACAAAGCAAACCCAGAAUCUUUCAAAGACUUGAUUGAUGAAGAGACUAGAAAAGCCAUUGAUGGUUUGAGCUAUGAAGCUUCAUUAACAGAUAAGCUUUUGGAAAAGACCUUUGUAUCGUUGGCUAAAGAAGCUACAAAGAAGAGAGUCGACCCAGCAUUGAAGGUGCCAACCAACACUGGUAACAUGUACACAGCCUCGGCAUGGGUUUCUCUUUCAUCAUUGCUUUACUAUAUUGGCUCCAAAGAUUUGCAAAACAAGAGAAUUGGUGUCUUUUCGUAUGGAUCUGGUUUAGCGUCGACCUUGUUGUCAGUUACUGUGAGAUCAGAUAUUUCCGAAAUCACCAAAGUGCUAGACUUUGACUUUAAGUUGGGUGACGGAAGAAAGAUUGAGUCUCCAGAACAGUACGUUGCUGCCAUUGAGUUGAGGGAAAAGGCUCAUUUGCAAAAAGAUUUCAAGCCACAAGGUUCAAUUGAGAACUUGGCCAGUGGUGUUUACUACUUGGAAGAAGUUGAUGACAAGUUCAGAAGAAAAUAUGCAAUCAAGGAAUAA